AUGAAUAAAGAAGAUGUGUUGACCUCUACAAUGCCCUCAAAAGAGAAUGUACCGUUGGAUCAAUCUAAAGAUACUGUCCAAGAGGAAAUUCAAACCAUUCAUGUCCCUACAGCCCCAUCGAAGGCAGAAAUACGAUCCGCAAAAUUUGGUUAUUUUGGUUAUUUCUUUGGUACUGGUGCUAUCUUUGCCUAUUUUGGAGUUAUCUUCACUUCCGUAGGAUUAAGUUCACGACAUAUUGGACUUUUAGUAGCCUCUAUUCCACUCUUUAGUGUAUUUCUACUUCCUGUAGUAACCUAUCUUGUGGAUCGUUUUCGUUGUUUACGAUCUUUUCUUGUUGUGUGUGCUAUUGGGACAACAUUAUCCUCUGUUAUCUUUUUAUCUACCCCUACAUAUCCUAUUCUCCUUACAGCCUUUAUUGCACUUGUGGCUUUCCAGGCACCAUUAAAUCCUCUAUUUGAUCAACAUGUUCUUUCUAUGUUGCCAAAGGAAACACGAUUAGAUUCAUGGGGAGCAUUACGUUCACUUGGGGCAUAUGGAUGGGGAAUUGGAAAUCCUUUUGCGGCGUGGAUUGUAGAAUGGAAAGGGAGUUGGAGUAUUGCUUCUAUACAAUAUGCAUUUGGACAAUUAGCACUUCUUUACUGUAUAUUUACUACAAAACCUUAUGAAAAAUUAGAAAGAACUCCUAUGCGAUUUCAUGAAGUUUUUCAAUUUGUUCUUGGUCAUCAUCGGCUUCUUUUAUUCCUUUUAGCUUCAUGUCUUAUGGGAAUGGGAUAUUCUUUUAUUAAUACAUUCCUUUUUAUUUUUCUUGAAAGUCUUGGUGGAUCUAAGUUAUUAAUGGGACUUUCACUUACUUUAACAGUAAGUACAGAGAUUCCUAUUUUUAAAUGCUCAAAAGUACUUGGUCGAUGGUUUACAGAUCGUCAAAUGCUUUCUAUUUCAAUGUUUAUUUGGUCUGGAAGAGUACUUGGAUACUCAUUUCUUAAAAAUCCAUGGAUGGUGUUAUUUCUUGAACCUCUUCAUGGUGUUACGUUUGCCCUUAUGUGGUUACCAGGCGUUCACACUGUUAAUAAUACGUUUCCUUCACAUCUUUCCAACUCCGCUACAGGUUUUCACUAUAUGUUUGUGGCUGGUAUUGGACCUAUUAUAGGGAAUAUAAUUGCCGGUAAUCUUUAUCAAAUGUUAGGACCAAGAAUGUUAUUUCGUACGGCUUCUAUUGGAAUGAUGUGUGGUCUUGUACUGUUUCAAGUGAUUGAUCGUAUUUUAGAGCGAAGAGAAGUUGUGGUGACUGCUGUAGAAGGUUUAACAGACACGAAAGCAGAAAUGAAGGUGGAGUGUGCUCGUUGUGAAGUACCGGAGGAAACCCUGGAAUUUACAAUGUAG